GGCAGUAAUGAGCAUAAAAAGUCGCUUUUCAGCAGCUAUAAAAAGGCCAGAAGAAGCAUCCUUCCAUCUUCACGAUUGCUUCAUGAUUAUGCCUACAGGCUUCCUCGUCGCAGUCCGAAAUGUCUGAACUUGUGGAAGUCAACUCUGGUUUAGUGUCGCCCUCCUCUUUAAAUGCCAACACCCAGGAAGACUCCAUCACUCCGGCUGCUCCGGCCUCUCCGGGCGGCGAGGACUACCUGUUUGUGGAGGCCAGACACCCCAACACCGUCCUGCAGGGCCUCAACACCUUGCGGCUCUACAAUGCCUUCUGUGACGUUACUCUGUGUUGUGGCGGACAGGAGUUCCCCUGUCAUCGCAUCGUGCUGGCUUCCUUUAGCUCUUACUUUCAGUGUUCUUCACCCUUGCAGACCAUGUUCACCACUGACCUGAAGGAGUCCAAGCAGGAGCGGGUGGCCAUCAAUGGAGUUGAGCCACAGAUGAUUGGCAUGCUGGUGAGCUAUGCCUAUACAUCAGAGGUCUACAUUUCCAAAGCAAAUGUCCAGGCACUGCUGGCCGCAGCCAACCUGCUGGACGUGAUGGCCGUACGUGAGGCCUGCUGUCGUUUCAUGGAGCGUCAGAUGGACGAGAUGAACUGCGUGGGGAUCCACUGCUUUGCUGAAGCCCAUUCGUGUAAGCAGCUGGAGAAACGAAGCAUGGACUACAUUCUUGAGCACUUCAGCUGCGUCUGUCAACAGGAGGAGUUCCUGUCACUGUGUGUGGACAAGCUGACAGAAAUUCUGGCCAGUGAUGACGUCAACGUGUCCAGCGAGGAGCUGGUGUUCGAAGCUGCCAUGCUGUGGCUAAAUAAAUGUCCAUCCCGCAAGCAGAGCUUUGACAAGGUCCUGGAACACGUCCGUCUGCCCCUCAUCAGCCCUUACUACCUCCAUGAUGUAAUAGAGUCUCUGGAUGUAGUGAAGGAGAACCAGGGCUGCCAGAGGCUCAUCUCUGAAGCCAAAGACUACCUGCUGCUGAAGGACCGCCGCAGGGAGCUCUUCUGUCCCCGGACACGACCACGGAGAUCCACAGGAGCAUCCGAAGUCAUCAUAACAGUUGGUGGGGAGGAUGACAAGGUGGUGCUGCGUAGCGUGGAGAGCUUUGAUCCCAUGACCAAUAAGUGGAAGAACCUCGCCUGCCUACCCUUCGCUGUGAGCAAGCACGGCCUGGUGGUGUCUGAUUCCACCCUGUAUUUAGCAGGAGGGGAGUUUCCUGACGGCUCGGCCAGCAGGGAGCUGUGGCGCUACGACCCGUGCUUCAACUCCUGGAUGGAAAUGGCUCCCAUGAAUGUUGCUCGCUCUGAACUUGGCCUUGUGAUGCUGGACGGUUUCGUCUAUGCGGUGGGCGGCUGGGAAGGGCGCUAUCGUUUGGCCUCAGUUGAGUGCUACAACCCUCACACCAACUCCUGGCAGUUUACAGAGUCAGUCAAGAUGGCCGUCACAAGCCCUGCUGUGGUGGCCCUGGAUGGUCUGCUCUAUGUAACUGGUGGAGCGGUUCUGGAGGAUGGCGACGGCACAGAUCUCACACAGGUGUACAACCCUAAAACCGCAACAUGGACGGAAGUUUCCCCGAUGCAGAUUCCUCGUUCUGGUUCAGCAGCUUGUACGCUGAAAGGAAAGAUUUAUGUUAUAGGUGGGUGGCACGCCUCAAAGGAAAACACGGACAAGGUGGAGUGUUACAAUCCUAAGACAAACCAGUGGACCAUGUGCUCGCCCAUGAAAGAACGACGCUACCGGCCCGGUGCUGCCGUGCUAGAUGGAAAGAUCUACGUCCUGGGAGGAGAGGAAGGAUGGGACAGAUACCACGACACGAUCGAGAGGUUCUGCGAUGUGACCGACACGUGGGAGAUCGUCGGGGAGUUGCCCACCAGUCGCAGCUGGCUCAGCUGUGUGUCGCUCCUUCUGAGGAAGGACAUUCACUGCAACAUCUGCCCCAGUAAGCCAAACGACGAGUAAAAGAGUGACACCCACUCUCCAUGGGGACAUGGCACUACGAAGUUCACAGCUGUAUUUUUGUAUCAUUAUCUGGAGAUGUAUUUAUUUGUGAAUGACUGAAUGCUUAAGAAAAAUGUUGCUGUAUGGGCCAAAGAAUCAAAUUGUGAAUAUUUUUGGAAUGGUACCUAUGCUUGUAUUAAACAUGUGUUGUUUUUAAUAACUAUUGACUUUUUGUUUUGUAAUUAAUGUCAUAUUACUGUAAUAAAAUAUCUUAAAUGCC